GGCGGCGGGGCUAGCGCUGGUGGGGGAUCCGUACAGAAGAAACUUAUGGGAGAAUGAAGGAGAUGGUGGGCGGCUGCUGCGUGUGUUCCGACGAGCGGGGCUGGACCGAGAACCCCCUGGUGUAUUGCGACGGGCAUGGCUGUAACGUGGCGGUGCAUCAAGCCUGCUAUGGAAUUGUCCAGGUUCCCACUGGGCCGUGGUUCUGUCGAAAAUGUGAAUCUCAAGAGAGGGCCGCCAGGGUGAGGUGUGAGCUGUGUCCCCAUAAAGAUGGAGCGCUGAAGCGGACAGACAAUGGAGGCUGGGCCCACGUUGUCUGUGCUCUCUACAUCCCUGAGGUGCAGUUCGCUAACGUCCUCACCAUGGAGCCAAUUGUCCUCCAGUACGUGCCCCACGACCGGUUCAAUAAGAUUUGUUACCUCUGUGAGGAGCAAGGCCGGGAGAGCAAAGCAGCCUCCGGAGCUUGCAUGACCUGCAACCGACAUGGCUGUCGUCAAGCCUUCCACGUCACCUGUGCUCAGAUGGCCGGGCUCUUGUGCGAAGAAGAAGUCUUAGAAGUUGACAAUGUGAAAUACUGUGGCUAUUGCAAGUACCACUUCAGUAAAAUGAAGACAUCACGUCAUUCCGGUGGGGGUUCGUUCAUAGCGGGAAGGAGAAGCCGGUCGACGUCCCCUGCCCAAGAGAAGCACGUGUCUCACCAUGAAAAACCAAAGAAGAGCCGGAAGGACAAGGAAAGACCAAAACAGAAGCACAAGAAGCGUUCGGAAUCACCUACCAAUCUGACACUGACCUCCGCGCCUGUUACCACCGAAAAGAGCUCCACCAACCACCACGAGAGCAGUAAAGAAAGCACCGAGGUCAUCAGGUCAGAGGUGAAAGGGAAAAAGUCUUCGAGCCAUGGAACGAGCCACAAGGCCAAGAAGUCGGGAAGUGGGAAAAGCUCUACCGGUUUCAACUCGUCGUCUUCUAGCAGCACAUUCCCGUCCGCAGGUACUUCGUGCAGCUCCUUGCCCUUCUCCCAGGACUUUGUGACCUUCCCCAAGCUUGAGCAGCCGCCUCAGCAGCAGCCAUCACCGCCUGAGGAGGAGAAGUACCGUAAGCCCGCCUCUUCCUCUUCCUCCUCCGCCCAUUGCUCCCCAUUGUACGAAGGGCAGAAAGGCGACGUCUUUGAGCAGAAGGUGGUCUUCUCAGGCUUUGGCUCCAUCAUGCGCUUCUCCACGACCGCCGUCAGCCAGCCGAGGGGCCGCGAUGCCUCUCCGGUGGACUACAAAGCCUCGAACCCCAUUGUCAGCCCCCCGGGGGGCGGUGGCAGCAGUGGUGGUGGCAACCACAAGCGCAUGCCGUCCCUCAACGUGGAAGAGGGGGAAGUCUUGAAGGAGAAGAAGCACAAGGCCAGUAAGAAAAACAAGCAUGGGCCCGGGAGGCCCAAAGGGAGCAAGAACAAGGAGGGUCCGGUGGCCCAGCUGGUUGGGUCCACAGCGACCUCCUCUUCUCCCUUCUCCGGAGGGUCGCUGGUCAGUUCUAGCAUUGGUGGAUCCUCCCGGUCCUUCAGCCAUGCGGUGAGCCUUCCAAGCCUCAGUCUGGAAUCCCCGCUUCUGGGAUCGGGGAUCUACACAAGCAACAAGGACCCCAUUUCGCACGGGGGCGGGGUGCUCCGGACUGUGUGCAGCACCCCCCUCUCCUCCAGCCUCCUGGCGCACCAGGGCACGUCGUCCCUCCCCCAGCUCACCCGCUCGCCCUUCGCUAGCACCAUCCCAGCAGCCUCCUCCUCCUCCUCCUCUGUCUCCACAACCCAGGUGUUCUCGCUGGCGGGAUCUACAUUCAGCCUCCCCUCCUCGCACAUUUUCGGAAGCCCCCUCACCUCAGGGCUGUCCAUGAACCCCUUGCUGAACCAAACGGAGAACAACCAGACAGAACCAGAUAUAGAAGACUGUAAUUUUGCCUGCCGAGGGCCGUCCCCCCAAGAGAGUCUUUCUUCCAUGUCCCCCAUCAGCAGCCUCCCCACCCUCUUCGAUCAGACGGUGUCGGCCAGCAGCGGGGCCCUGGAGAACGUCCCCCAGGCAACCCCGAACAUUGAGCAGCUCCUGGAGAAACAGGGCAACGGGGAGGCCGGCGUCAACAUUGUAGAAAUGCUCAAGGCCCUCCAUUCGCUGCAGAAAGAGAACCAGCGGCUCCAGGAGCAGAUCAUGACUUUGGCGGCCAAGAAGGAGCGCCUGCAACUCCUGAACGUCCAGCUCUCUGUCCCUUUCCCUGUGGUCACCACCAGCAAGACAGAGAGAUUCUGGACACGACUUGUGUUUUCCCCUCUAGCCUGCAGCAGUGACUCUCUGAGCGCCAGCAAGAGCCCCCCCUGCAAGAACAGCUAUGGCAUCGAAAACUCACUCUCCACUUCCUCCGAGGAUCCUCACUCGGGCUGUCCCAGCAGAAGCAGCUCUUCCCUGUCCUUCCACAGCACGCCUCCCCCCCUGCCCUUGUUACAGCAGAGCCCUGCCUCCCUCUCGCUGACCGCUGGAGUGCAGCAGCAGCCACCGGUGAACGGCUUGGCCAGGGCGCUGGGGGCCACCCACGGAGGAGGUGUCCCUGCCAAUCACAGCCUGGUGGAAGGUCUCCUUGGAACCCUGGCUGGAGGGCAGCAGGUCCCUGUGAAUGGUAUCCUUGGGGGGCUGAAUGGAACGAUGGCGGCGCAGGCGCAGAAUCCCCUCCUGGCGCAGACCACCGGUCCCCAAGCCCUGCAGCUCUCCACCAAUCCAAACAGCCUCAGCCACCUGACAGAACAUCAGCGGCAGCUCCUCAGCCAGCACGAGCUCCAGCUACAGCAGCUACAGCAGCUCCUCACCUCACAGCCCCUCAACCCGGAACAGCAAGCCUUGGUGUUCCAGAUGAUUCAGCAGAUCCAGCAGAAAAGGGAACUGCAGCGGCUCCAGAUGGCGGGGACCUCUCAGCUGCCCAUGGCUGGCCUCUUGCCAGCCAACUCCACGUCCCUCCUCCACUCCAACAGCACUGCUCCAUCAGCUGUCAGCAGCACCCUCCUGGCUUCCAUCUCCCCUCAACAGCUCAAUCCGGCCAGCUCCUUGAUGGCUUCCUCACCACUCAGCGCCCCCGGGAACAGCUUGAUGUCAGUGGCCGCCGGGACAACCAUCCCGCCUGUCCUUUCCGCACAGACAAACCCUUUCCUCAACCUGCAGGGUGAAAGCAACAGUCAGAAGGGACUGAGCAUGAAUGAAAAGGGAGGUGGCCCUGCUCAGGACAAAGGCUAAUUUCUGAAAUCCUGGGGCUUCUUUCUACCGUAGGAAAAGAGUCUCACCUUGAGCCACGGAUCGUGAAACGUAGAGCGACCACGCGCAA